AUGGUGGACGUAUCCCUGCUCUCCGCCCUUUAUGCGUUUCCUGGAGCUAGCCUCUUCUUCUUUACCGCUCUAGGUAUUGCCGCGAUCGCUAUCGAGAUUUUGACACCUUACAUCAGGCAUUUUCUGUUCCGAAGACGAUGCCAGGUCGCGUCGGCCAGGGACGCAAUUCGACAGGAAGGAAUCCGACUUCGGAAAAGGUUGUACCGCGAAGCGACGCAGCUGGCGGUUAUGUUGGAAAUUAAGGAAGACCAGCGCUCGGAGGUUGAGAGUGUCGACCUACUAGUAAAAGGGUCUUCUGGCAAAGAGUCUGCUGUUAGGAACAAGCUGCCGGACUCGCCAGAGAGCAAUGUAGAGCACGCGCAAAAUACGAGCCAAUUUGACGUUGAAGGCUGGCUUCUCGUGGCCAAUGCUGAACGGGUUGCUUCAACAGUAGGCAAGGAGAGCUCGGAUGUAGGAAAACUGAAGACGGAGAAAGAUAUUGAAAAAAAUCGUCGAGCGUCGUUUUAG